ACAGAAACAGAUAAAACAAACGAUUUCACGGGUGUCCCACAUUGUUCUCCUCACGUCUUCCUGUCUCUCUUUCAUCCCCAGAAAAACAAGCAAUUUUCGAAUGAUCCCUCUGAAAUAUCUUACAUACAAUUUCGAAUAAAUACAUUUUUUUAUCCCUACUGUGAAUUUUUUUUCGAAAUAUGAUUUGUAUUUGAUACAAUUGGAUCAUAGCUUGGCGUUCAACAUUCACUGUGUUUCACGUCGUCUGGGUUUAGAUUCUGAACCCAACCUUCAACAUAUUACAUUGUUGUUGUCGGGAAUUCAUCGUCACGUUUUAGUCUCGAAUUUCUGAUUGGAUUGGAUUGAGAGACGUCAAAAAGAGGAGGAAAAUUGUUGGGUCAUUCUCAAACUGGGAGUGGCAUUGGCAUUUUGUUCUUUAGAGAAGAAAAAAUUACAUUACCUUGAAAACUGGGUAGUUACAUGUUUGGGCGAUUUCUUGAUAUCCGAUGAAAUGAGAAGAAUAAGACGCGUAGAGGGUUUUUCGAAGACAUGGAAUUGAAAAGAAUUGGUUUUGCCACUGUUUUCGUGAUUCUCCUUUGUGCGUUGGCUACAGGGCGUGCAGAAGGCAACAGGAGAACGUUAAUGCGCCAGGGGUCCCCUGAGACGAAUACAAACAUGGCAGAGCAGGAAUGGGUCCAUUGCAGGAAAGAAAUGAGGGGCAAGAAGGGAACUCAUGGAGAUCUUAAUCUCUAUUUUCUUAAAGAAGCUACCGGUGACUGGUUUCCAAGAAGGAAAAUACAAAGAGCUGUCAGUGUUUUGCCUCCCCAAAUGAAAGAAAGAGUUGUCGAUUGCUUGAAAGAGAAAAUUCUUCUCUUUGACGUUUCUCGUCAAGAGGCUGUGUAUAGGCACUGUUUUAUCAAGUGUAUUGAGUUGAUUUUUGAUUGUUCAAGUGUUCCUAGAAGAUAUCUUGCUGGUGAGUCUCGUCAUCAGAUAGCUCCAACUCGUUCACCAACUCAAGCUCCAAUCAUUUCUGUGGCAGCAUCAAAUCAUGAUCCAUCACCUGCGAGUUCCAAAUCUCCAAAUAAACAACCAUUUCAUUUCUCACCAGAAGGAGAAAAUAUUGUAAUAGAUUCACCCCCACCUCAUGCAGCUCGGAAACAUUCACCACCUAUGCCACCUGUGAAUCCAAAUCAUUCAAAGAAAAAUUAUGACAAUAUUGAGUCGGAAACUAUUGUUGCUGUUGUUGUAACUGCAGCAGGGACAUUUCUUAUCGUUGCAUUGAUCUGUUGCUGCAUUAGGGGGAGAAGCAACAAAGUUGGCCCUAGAGGACGAAGAGAUGACCGGCCUCUUCUGAGCUUAAGUGAUUACUCAGGUUCAUCCCAGAAGUCCCUAAGUUUAGGAAGCUCCAGUAAAGAACUUGGCUUAAAUUCAAUUAGUGGAAAGACUACUUUUAUUAGUGACCUUUCCGUAAAGACUGAGAAUCAUGAUUCCUCACUGCCUGUGGUACCAUCAUCAGAGACUGCUUCAGUUCUUCAUCUAAAACCUCCCCCUGGACAAUCAGCCCCUCCACCUCCCGGGCCACCGCCUCCGCCACCUGCUCCCCGUCCACCUCCACCAAAAGCUCGCCUUCCACCUGUCCCCCCAAAAGGCAUGCCUGGCAAAGGUCAGCCUUCCCCUCUUGGGCCACACCGUCAAGGAAGCAGUGGUUCUGCUCAGGGAGAAGAUGAUAUUGAAUCAGGGUCACAGAAGGCAAAGUUGAAGCCAUUCUUCUGGGAUAAGGUUCUAGCAAAUCCUGAUCAAUCAAUGGUCUGGCACGAAAUCAAAGCUGGGUCUUUCCAGUUCAACGAAGAGUUGAUAGAGACUCUAUUCGGUUAUAAUGCAGACAGAGGCAAAAAUGACCGCAAGAGAGAGUCGUCAUCUCAAGACCAUUCAAUCCAGUAUAUUAAGAUUAUCGACCCCAGAAAAGCACAAAAUCUGUCCAUUCUUCUAAAAGCACUGGGUGUGACUACUGAAGAAGUUAUUGAUGCACUUCAAGAAGGUAACGAGCUUCCAGUGGAGCUUCUCCAAACUCUAUUGAAAAUGGCUCCAACACAAGAAGAGGAACUAAAACUUAGGUUAUUUGCUGGAGAUGUUUCUCAACUUGGUCCAGCAGAGCGGUUCCUCAAAGUUUUGGUUGAAAUCCCAUUUGCUUUCAAAAGAGUAGAGUCAUUGCUGUUUAUGUGUUCACUUCCUGAGGAAGUUUCUAUUCUCAAAGAAUCCUAUGAAACUCUCGAGGUAGCUUGCAACAAACUUAGAAACAACAGGCUUUUCCUGAAGCUAUUAGAAGCCGUUCUUAAAACAGGCAACCGCAUGAAUGAUGGCACCUAUCGUGGUGGUGCACAGGCAUUUAAGCUUGACACACUAUUGAAACUCUCUGAUGUAAAGGGAAUUGAUGGUAAAACUACACUCUUGCACUUUGUAGUUCAGGAGAUCAUCCGUUCUGAAGGCAUUAAGGCCAUCCGCAAAGCAAAAGCCAGCUCCAGCUUCUCCAGUGUGAGGACAGAGGACUUUGUCGAUGAUUCUUCCCCUGAAUCAGCAGAACGCUAUCGCUGCCUUGGUCUUGAGGUGGUUUCGGGUUUAAGCACCGAGCUCGAAGAUGUCAAAAAGGCAGCAGCUAUAGAUCUUGAUGUCACAGCAGCUACAGUGUCAAAACUUAAAAAAUCACUGAUAAAAACCAGAGAAUUCCUGGACAUAGAGAAGACGAAUUCAGAAGAAGAUAGCGAAUUCCACCGUGCGCUUGUUAGUUUCGUGGAAAGGACAGAGUUUGAUAUCUCAUGGCUAUCAGAAGAAGAAAAGAGGAUAACGAGUCUGGUCAAGAGCACUGCGGACUACUUCCACGGACAUGCAGGAAAGGAUGAAGGUUUGCGUUUGUUCACAAUUGUACGUGAAUUCUUGACGAUGGUGGAUAAGAUAUGUAAAGAGGUUAAAGACGACGCAACGGCAAAGCCAAUGAGAGCUUUUAGGAAAGAGGCUCUCUCAACAUCAGCAUCUGCAACAGCUUCUCCAGAUAAUCGUCCACCGCCCUCAGAUUUUCGUCAUCGCAUUGCAGACAGGCGGAUGGAUUACUCAAGUUCAGAUGAUGAGGUCACAUCUCCUUAACUUUUAUUUGAAAUAGGAGCACCGAACAUUUGACUCUGAAAAAUACAGCUUUUUCUUUUUACGGGGUAAAGGAAAGAGUCUCUUGUACAUCGCAUUGCAUAUUGUAGAUUUCAUUGUAGUCCAUGUAGUGAUUGAUUUCCU